AUGUCCGAACAUCCUGCCUUUCGCACUUCUCAAGGCUACGAGAACCCAUUUGUUCCUGUACCUCCACCACCAAGACGCACGGCUCCCAAUUCUCGACCUGGUUUGACCGACGGCAUGAUCCCUGGAGAUGACCCUUUUGUGAAGGAGAUCGGUAAACCAUCCAGGUCUGAAAGUAUAUCGUCAACCUAUAACACGCAUCAUGUGGGUGGCAUUGCAGCGGGGAUCGCGGCGGCAGCAGCUGGAGCCGACCUCAUGCAUUCAUAUGACCGUCAUCCUGAUGAGAACGAGCCAAUAGUGAGCCCUGUGCCAGCGAGCGACCGAAAUGUUCCCGCACAAAUCACCCGCAAGCCUGUCCCGGUCCACUACGCCAACAACAGCGAACCAUGGCCUUACUCUCCCGUCUCACCCAUCGAUCCUGUCGCCGAAAAUGCCGGCUUCAUGGCAUCUCCAAGGAAAAGUAGCGGCGAGAGCGGCCGAAGCCUCAGUCGCGAUCCCGCCAGAGCGAACACCGUGUUCGAUCAAGAGUAUGCACCUCACGGUGGUGCUCUCGGGCAGGAUGACCAUGGGCUUGGAGCUGCUACAGGAGGAUCCGAUGCCGGGCCCGUUGGCGUUGCAGCUCUUGGCUGUCGGGAUAACCGUGGUUACCAUCGAUCGCGAAGCCGGAGCAGCAGUAGCAAGCGGCACAGUCGGCCCACAAUGGCCUUGCCCAGUGAUGGACUCGAGAGAGGCGGGAGGACGUCCAGGGACCAUGGGAGCAGCCAAGCCUAUAAGGAUGUUCUCCCCCAAAAAUCAUAUCACGGCAGCCUUCCAGGUGAACACGACCCAUACAGGGCCUCUGCGGCCCCGCCUCCUCGCUCUCGACGCAAUAGUGCUUUUGGGCCUGCGCACCCUGGUGCGGUGGCAUUCAACAGUGCCAACCGUCCUGUUGUCCCAUCUCCGCUGUCUAGCGAAGUCCCCCGCGAUCCGAGCUAUUCGCCACCGCGAAGCCGGGCGCGAGGUUCGAGUGGGAGUUCGUCACGGUUCUCAUUCUCAUACGAGCCUGUAGCCGAUGAUUAUGGUGCCUACCCACCAUUUUCUAUCACGUCCAGUAACUUCGACCGUGGCAAGACAGGACAAGACAAGACUCCCACCGACCAGAGCACCAGCGACCUCACUCCUCCUGGUGUUACGAGCGUCGACGAAUAUGUCUUGACAGCCACAUCAGGUCCGUUAGGCCCCCAGCCGCAUAUUGUAACCCUACCCUUCAGCUCUGGGGACAGAAAAGCCACGAUGGAUACCGACGACGCGACAUGGCGGAUGAGCGACGGGAUGCCGGCUGGUUGGCAGCGCACCAGCACGGACAGUCCUCGUAACAGUCGGGAGCACAUGAGGAAUCGCGAUUCAGGGGUGAGCAUGGGAACCGGAGCGGGACUAGGAGGCCGAAGAGGGCGGAGAUUGCGGGCGAGUGACUUAGCAGGUUCAUCGACCGCAAGGCUAGGGAUCGAUGACGACGGAUACGGCUACGGCUACGGAUAUGGCUAUGGAGAAGCGCUCUGA